AAAAGCCGAAAGCCCGAAACCAGAGGCGGGUAGGGUUCUAGCUGCAGGCGACGGCCAUGGCCGCCUCCGCCGCCGCCCCGGCGCUGCUUCGACGCCUCUUCUGCAGCUCUAUUCCAGCCUCCUCCUCCGUACUGCGCGCUACCUUUUGCUCCUCCGCCGGCUUCGGCUCGUCUUCUCCGUCCUCCAUAUUCGGCGACGCCACCGAGGUCGCCAACGUGCCACCGCUCACCACGCCCAACCUCUUCGUCAGUGGCCUUUCAAGGUUAACGACAGAUGAGAAGCUCCAGGGUGCAUUUGCUCCUUUCGGGAGGCUCCUUGAAGCAAAAGUGGUGACGGAUAGAGUUUCUGGGAGGUCAAAGGGUUUCGGUUUCGUGAGAUAUGCCACCAUAGAAGAGGCCGAGAGAGCGCGGCAGGAGAUGAACGCCAAGUUCCUGGAUGGAUGGGUCAUCUUCGUUGACCCUGCCAAGCCAAGGCAGCCAAAGCCCGCUCCUCAGCAGGACACUGGUUCAUCGCAUGCUGGCUUCACGACGAACAAGACUGUAGGAUGGUGCGGCUAGGCUCAUUGAUCUGUCGCGAUAUUUCACGGCACAAAACUUGGAUUGCAGGGGUGGAUCUAGGGGUGUUAGUCACCCGGAUAAAAUUUAUAAAUUCUUUAGAAAAACACAGUUAAAGUUCAAGAAAAUUUGUAUCAUGUAGCAAACCUGACCUUGCUACCCGAUAAUAUUUUUGGUUAGAUUCGCCA